GGGACUCGGGGUGGCUCUGGGGAGCCUGCGGGGUUUGCAAGGGAUGGUCAUGGGUCCCCCAAGGCCCCUUUGGUUGAAGCUGCACUAUCCUUUUUCAUUCGGAGCAGGUCUUGGUCGGGUCUCCCAGGGUUGCAAGAGGAUGCAAACACUGGGAGAAAAAAUAAACCAAUACGCGGGUAUUGAACGGUUAUUGCAGCCUGGAGGAAUAACGUGCUUUACUCCGGAAGGAAAUUUUUUGCACCUAAUCUUUACUCGCUCGCAAGCACGGCCCGUGGCGUGCAGAGGGUUUUAUGGCUUAGGCGACCGUGCGCGAGGUUGCACGUUCACAUAAAAAUAAGCUCCGCUGAGCCUCGUGAAGUUUGCUGCUGAAUUAAGCAGGCCUUCCCAAAAGGAAGUCCCAUUUUAUCCAGUGGGGCUUACUCGUGGUUCUGCAGAUUGCAACCUAAAUUUGGUUAACUUUCAGCCUCUGGACUGAAAACCUCACCCCGUCCCUUGAGUUCAGAAGAGCGCAGGUGUUGCUCAUAGGCUGCGAUGGAUCUGGAUCUUGUGCUCCGUUGGCAACCCUGCAUGGCAUCUCAGCUCCAUUGGAUCCAUGAAGCCCUCUGUAGAGACAGCAGUGUCGGGAAUUCAGGCUCUUCAGGUGCAGCGCAGGAGCAAAAACACCUACAGGGCCAAAGCCUCCUACGUGGAUGAAACACUCUUUGGCAGCCAUGCAGCACCGCAGGCAGCAGUCAUGGGGUUUGAUCCCCCAUGGGUGAAUAAGAAGCCGGGACCCCAGAGACCCCUGUUAUGGAGCCCUGCAGCCACACGAUGGGAGGCGGACUCUGGCUCCUCAAAAGCUCCUGGACCGCCCAGCACCCCAAGAAAGAAAAACAAGUACAGACUGAAAAGCAGGACCCCGUCCUACUGUGAUGAGACACUGUUUGGCGCAAAAUCAGGAGGACAGAAUGAGGCCAUUCCCUGGAUGAAGAAGGAGGAGGCAGCUAGGCUCCACUCUUUGCUUUGGACUUCACCUCCCACUUCCAGAAACCAUUCAAGUCUUUCUUCUUGUCAAAAAGAGAAAUCACCAAGAGCCAUUCAUCGAGAAACGCCCAGAUCUUGGCAGACUGACGGGUUUGAGGCACAAUAUGGAGAACACCCUUUUUGGAAAAUUCCUGAGAAUAAUUCAGAUGAGGACGACCGGGAUGCCUUAGGCUGGGCAGGCUACCACCCCAUUAGCCGGACUUAUAGUGCCUCUGAUACAUUCCAGCCACCAGAGACUCAUCCAAGGUCAAACCGGCAGCAGGAUCGUGACCUCCCAGAUGCCUCUGUGGCUUUCUCAGGAUCCAAGCCACAUCCAAAGGGCAUAGUAGGGCCACCGUCUGCCAGGUUAUCAGGGCCACUGUCUGCCAGGUUAUCAAGAGCUACAGGUUCGUGCAAGCCUCGGCCUCCCUGGAAAUAGAACUGCAAAUUCUGAAAGAACCCACUGAAUUAUGGGAACGUGCACAGAGUAGACGGGACUUUUGCUUACUGGCCAAAUGAAUCACAGCAGACUUAAAACCUUUUGCUUAGCACGAGGCGGUUACUCAGCAAGCAGAUAGAUCUGAGAAGGGGGUGAGGAUGAAGGAAGGGUUCUGUGUGCUUUUAUUGGGGUGAAGGGUGAUUUUGAGAGAGAUCUUUCCUCAGUUGAAAGAUGGCGGCCCCCUCCCCAAUGUGUUACUGUCUUGCCCACCGCAGCCUUUCGAACAGUAGUAUUCCACCCACCUCUAAUAAAAGCGGCGGCAGGAAAAGCAGAUACUUGCAAA